CAACAGUGUCUGCCGCUCAUCAGUGGGGUGACUGCCUCAGGCCACCCCGUCAUAGCCGAUACGAACAAGGUGGGCUGUACAAAACAGUGGGGCCAUCAACCUCGAACCCGCCGUGUUGUCCCGCUUCGACGGAAGCUUUGACGUCCACUCGACCUGCUGGGAACUCCCGAAGGUAGAAAAGCUCUCCACUUCCUCUUUGAAGCUUACCUGCUCAAACUUGUGAUCAGACCAUCGGUUCUCCCCAGAACUACUCCGUCAUCUCAAGAAACUGAAAACAAUUGUUCCCAGUUACGACCCCCACAACACCAUCACAAUGCUUCGCACAUCAUUCACCAAGGUCGCCCGCCCUGCGCUCUUCUCCCGCUCGUUCGCGAUCACCUCGCGCGCCAUGGCUGCUGGUGACACCGGCGCUCCCCCCAAGACCGGCGGCCAGGGUGAUGCCUUCCAGCGCCGCGAGAAGGCCCAGGAGGACUUUGCCAUCCGCCAGCGCGAGAAGGAGAAGCUCAUCGCCCUCAGACAAAAGCUCAGGGAGCAGCAGGACCACCUCCAGAAGCUCUCUGACCACAUGUCAGUAGUCAGGCUCCAUUAUACCCUUGAACUCCCGGUACUGAUGUAUUCGAAAACAGCGACGAGAUCACCAAGGAGCAGGGUGGCGAGCACAACUAAAUAUUUAUCUACAAGAUUAAUAACCACGCGCUCUUCUCGGUUUGGCUGUCAACUCCAAUUUGACCAGCCACAUCAUCACUCAAUGAAAUCAUGGCACCAACCAUGAACAACAGCCAGGAAAGAAAGAGGAGAGAGAAUAGGAGGAUAAUGAGUUGACAUGAAUUGUGAACUCAGUUGUACGAGUACAUAGCCUUUUUUCUGCUCUUGACUUUGUCUACCUGCUUGAUUUUGCGAUCAGCACAGCCUUGUCUUGCACGCAAAUUCGAAAAAUAGCAGACUUGAACAAAUCUACAAAUCACUUAUCUCUG